GUCACGUGAUCUGACACGGAAGUAUUGUGUGACGUUGACGUUAACCUGAUCUCAGCAAGUCUGUCUCCAGGACGAACAUUGAAACUCUGACACUUUUCUAAGCUGAAGACAGCUGUGUGUCUCUGCGGAGGCCGGGCGGCUGCUGGCGGAGGAAAUGAGACCAGAAGGAGAGUUCCAGAGAUAAGACGAAGUGCAAGCUAACGACGCUAAGCUGCACCACACCGGACAGGGAAAGUCCCGGCUGAAAGGUCCCAGCUGAGUGUAGUGUAUGCGCUCCUGUUAGCCUGAGCUGGGAUCAUGCCAGUCUUGGCCAUGGCAGAGCCUGCAGUGGAUCAUCAGAGGCGCUUUCAAGCUGCCGUGGAUGUCAUCCACAAACUCCCCAAAAACGGUUCCUACAGACCUUCUUAUGAGGUGAUGCUGCGUUUCUACAGUCUGUACAAGCAGGCAGUGUGUGGACCAUGUACAAUGCCUCGGCCUGGCUUCUGGGACCCAGUGGGUCGCUACAAGUGGGAUGCGUGGAGCCGCCUGGGGGCGAUGAGUCAGGAGACCGCCAUGGCAGCAUAUGUGGAAGAGAUGAAGAAAGUGGCACGAGAGGUCAUCCACACCAUGCCCAUGGAUGAGAGAACAGCGUCGUUCUUCCACCACUUCGAGCCUCUCUACAGGGUCAUUGACGACAUGCCGCUGCCUCCAGCUUCACUGCUCACACUUGUUGAAGGUCCUAAAGGCAGGCAGCAGGUUGACGGUUCAGCAGACGUGAAGCUUCAAGGUGAGGAGCAGGAGCCACCUCAGGAGUGUUUAGAGAACUCUGAUCCAGAGCCGGAGCUGAACAUGGCUGACGAAGCCCACCUGCUUACCAACAGCGUUCCUAAAGACUCUGGGACAUCUGAGGGUUUGGUCUUGACCAGCGACUCAGAGAGUGAAAUCUUCUGUGACUCUGUGGAUUCAGUGGAACAACUGAGCAACAUCAAGAUUCCACUUGUCAAGUCAAACGGCUUUCACAGCAGCAGCGUUUACCCACAGUCCUCUCCUGGUCAGGGAACUCACCUGGAGGGAAGGCAGGUCGGCGCCGGUCAAGGCGGAGAAGGAGCAGAGGAUGAGAAAUGUGCGGGUCAGCCCCGGAGAGGUUGGCACAACGGGCGGGAAGGUUCCCACCACGGCUGGAGAGAACGUGGUGUUCCACAGGGAAGCCCAAGGCGGAUGGCCCCUGGUGGUGGUGGGGGGGCAGGACGCGGAGGUGGGGACGGCUCAGAGGGUGGAGCAGAGAGGAUGCACGAGACACACCUGCAGCAACAGAUAAUCCUGGCUCUACGCAGGCUCAGAGAGGACAUGAGGAGUGUGAUGGACAGACUGGAGGUGGUGGAGAGGCUCGCUGCCACCCAUGGCUCAGACUGGAGACCAUGCCUGCAGUGUGCAGAUGCAGCUUCACAGCAGGAGGAGACAUGGUGGCCAUUUGAUGUGUCGUGUCAGACAGUUCUACUGUUCAUGCUGUGGCCGUUUGUUACACAAGGUCUGGUUUACCUGCUCAGGAAGGCCCACCAGAGAAGUCGCACAUCUUCAUGAGGAGCACUGACAGCGCCACCGGAUGGACAUGCUCCCCAUGUUCACCGGUGGGGUGUGUGAUUAAAGUUCCUGUCAAUAACUCUAAGGAGGAAGUUCGACCUAAGCUAAUCUACAGACUUUUAGUCCUGGUGUAACAAAUUACUAGCUUUAAUUGAAGUCGAUUAAUUGGUUAGGAAAGUUUUAAAUAAAUAACUUUCCCAUUAUUA